AUGAUGACAGAAAUGAUGGUAGAGGAUCGACCUCUUUUACCUAUGACAAUCGAUGAACAACCAGAUAAUACACGACUUCCAUCAAGAAGUAAGAGAAAUCGAGGUCAAAAAACUAAUCUGCAAAAAAAACCGAUUUCAUCUACAAACUUCUACAUGGGUUUGACAGUGAUCGUCGUAAUAAUGAUCGCCACGGGCGGAUUCAUCAUAAAAUCGGAAACAGAUCAGAAGUAUACCACAUCAAGAAGAAAAAUCGGCGUGAUUCACAAAUUGGAUAAAUCUCUCACUGAACCUUCAAAACUUCCCAACUGUAGUAGAACUUUUGUUUAUCAAUUCAUUAGCCCAUUUGGAUUAGGAUCAGAAUUGGGUCUCUAUAGCAUGGCGGCGGUCGCUGCUUCAGCUUCCAAUUACACAAUGGUCCUAGAUGAUUCUAAAUGGGUAUAUGGAAGACUAAGUGACUAUUUCGAUAUACCACCACUACCGUGUCGACCACCCUCGAAAGAGACCCCACGUACCGAGUAUAAGAACCUAGGUUCAAAUCAAUCAGAUCAUGUCUACGGGAAUUGGGAUCGCCGUCAAGGAUAUACUGAAUAUGUACUAGGGCUUCUCAAUAAACGUGCAGUUGAUGCACAUUCCGUUUGGAACUUGAUGAAUCAUCGAGAAGAAAGAACCGUCUUACCAGCCACGCAAAACUUACAUUACUCACUAAAAUCAUUAUUUGAUGCAAAAUCAGAAGCGUUUCAACAUAUUUGGAGACCUAAUCAGAUGAUUUUAGACGAAAUAAAAGUUAUGAAGAAAAACCUUCAUGAUAGAAUGAUAGAAUCAAUCUCUUCAGAAACUCAAAGAAGGAUUGCUAAAUCGUCAAUCAAGAACUUUGAUCCAGAUGACCGUAUGGCAAAGAAAUUGAUAUCAGUUCAUUUCAGAUUGGGAGACAAGAAGGCAGAAGUAGAACGUAUGAAUCCUGCUGGCGUCAUAGGUUAUCAGAUCAUUCGUACCUAA